AUGGCUGAGGCCAGUAUUUCACUAGAUCAGGACCAGUUCAUCUGUCCAGUAUGUCUGGAUCUCCUGAAGGAUCCGGUGGCUAUCCCCUGUGGUCACAGUUUCUGUAAGGUGUGUAUUAAUGGUCACUGGGAUCAGGAGGAUCAGAAGGGUGUCUACAGCUGUCCUCAGUGCAGAGACACUUUCACUCCAAGGCCUGUUCUACGCAGAAACAACAUGCUGGCUGAAGUGGUGGAGAAACUGAAGAAGAAGACUGAAGUCCAAGCUGCUUCUUCUGCUCACUGUUACGCUGGACCUGGAGAUGUGGAGUGUGAUUUCUGCACCGGGAGAAAACACAAAGCCAUCAAGUCCUGUCUGAUGUGUCUGACUUCUUAUUGUGAACUUCAUCUUGAGCCUCACUUUCAAUCUCCUGCUUUAAAAAAGCACACAUUAAUUGAAGCUUCAGCAAAACUCCAAGAGAAGAUCUGCUCUGAACAUAACAAGCUGAUUGAGAUCUACUGCCGUACUGAUCAAACCUGUAUCUGUUAUUUGUGUAUGAUGGAUAAUCACAAAGGACAUGACACUGUUACAGCAAUGGCAGAAAGAGUUGAGAAGCAGAGUGAGUUAAAGGAGGAGCAGAUGAAAUUCAAGCAGAGCAUCCAGGAGAAGCAGAAGAAGAUGCAGGAGCUGAAACAGGCUGUGAACACUAUAAAGCUGAGUGCACAGACAGCAGUGGAGGCCAAUGAAAGGAUCUUUACUGAGCUGAUCAGCUCCAUGGAGAAAAAGCACUCGGAGGUGACGGAGCUGAUCAGAGCUCAGGAGAAGGCUGAACUGAGUCGAGCUGAACGACUCCUGGAACAACUGGAGCAGGAGAUUGCUGAUCUUCAGAGAAGACUCACUGACCUGGAGCAGCUUUCACACACACACGAUCACAUCCAGUUUCUACAGGCUUUAGCUUCUGGAUAUCAGCCUCCUUCAUUUUACAAACCAGAUUCUCAGACAUCCAUCAUCAGUGUCCCUCCACAUCUCUCAUUUGAUGAAAUGAGGGAUUCUCUCUCAGAUCUGAAGAAGAGACUUGAGGAAUUCUGUGAGAAGGAAUUCAACAUUAUCUGUCCACAUGGUGGAGCUGGUCCUGCUGAUUUCUGUUAUCUGACUCUGGAUCCCAACACGACACAUCGUGACCUCAUUCUGUCUGAGAAGAACAGAGCGGUGAGAUACAGUGGGAGAGAGCAGCAGUACUCUGAUCAUCCAGAGAGAUUUGACUCCUGCUCUCAGGUGUUGUGCAAGGAGAGUGUGUGUGGACGCUGUUACUGGGAGGUGGAGCGGAGUGGAGAUGGAGGUGUUUUCAUUUCAGUCUCAUAUAAAGGAAUCAGCAGGAAAGGACCAGGUGAUGAGUGUGUGUUUGGAUACAACAAUCAGUCCUGGAGUCUGUACUGUUCUCCUUCUUCAGUCUCUUUUUGGCACAAUGGCAUUAAGACUGAACUCAGAGCUCCAUCAUCCUCCAGAAUAGGAGUGUAUGUGGAUCACAGUGCAGGAACUCUGUCCUUCUACAGCGUCUCUGACACGAUGAAGCUUCUCCACAGAGUCCACACCACAUUCACUCAGCCUCUGUACGCUGGGUUUAGGUUCUAUUGUUUGCGGAGUGAUCUAUCAGUGAGUUUGUGUGAUCCAGAACCACGUUUGUAUAUUCAGGCUGCAUGCUGAAGAAAGAAACUGUGAUUUAAAUUUUUUUUUUGAUAAAAUAUUUUUACACUUACAUAAUUCUUGAUAGAUCCCACCUGUUUUUGGAAGAAACUUUUCACUCUCAUCUUUC